AUGCAAUCACUAGCCACCUCCCUCGUAGUUUUAAAGGUUAACAGAUGUGAACCCGAAUUAAUCAAACCGGCCAAGCCCACCCCUCAUGAGUUCAAACUAUUAUCUGACAUUGAUGAUCAAGAAGGUCUCCGAUUCCAAUUUCCAGUCAUGCAAUUUUAUCGCAACAAUCCCUCUAUGGAAGGGAAGGACCCAGUUAAGGUCAUUAGAGAGGCACUUGCUAAAACACUAGUGUUUUACUAUCCAUUUGCUGGUAGGCUUAAGGAAGGGCCUAAUCGCAAGCUUAUGGUGGAGUGCACUGGUGAGGGUAUCUUGUUUAUUGAGGCUGAUGCCGAGGUUACACUUGAGCAGUUAGGCGAUGCACUUCCACCUCCAUCUUUUUGGUUGGAGGAGCUACUCUUUGAUGUCCCUGGUUCCAGUGGGAUGUUAGACUGCCCUUUAUUGCUUAUUCAGGUUACCAGGCUUGAGUGUGGUGGUUUCAUCUUCGCCCUCCGCUUCAACCACACGAUGAGCGAUGCCCAAGGCAUAGUCCAAUUCCUAACCACCUUGGGCGAAAUGGCGUCUGGGGUGUCUGCACCUUCCAUUCCACCUGUUUGGGAAAGACAUGUCUUCAAUGCACGUGACCCUCCACGGAUUACAUGCUCGCACCCAGAGUACGAUGAAGUUCCUGACACCAAGGGUACGAUGAUCCCACUUCAUGAAAUGGUCCACCGUUCAUUUUUCUUUGGACCUUCAGAAAUAUCUGCUAUUAGAAAAUUGGUUCCACCUGACCUAAGCCAUGGCUCUACUACUUUUGAAAUAUUAACUGCAUUUCUCUGGAAAUAUCGAACAAUUGCAGUCCAGCCAGAGGCAAGUGAAGAAAUGCGUUUAAUGUGCACUGUCAAUGCACGUGGAAAAUAUAACCUUGUAGAAUUACCAGCAGGGUACUAUGGUAACAGUUUUGUUGUACCGGCAGCAGUGGCAGCUGCUGGAGAGCUGUCUCGAAAUCCACUAGGUUAUGCCCUGGAAUUGGUAAGAAAGGCGAAGGAAAAUGUAACCGAGGAAUACAUUCGUUCGGUGGCAUCUUUGAUGGUGAUUAAGGGAAGGCCUCAAUUUACAGUGGUAAGGGCCUUGGUGGUAUCGGACUUAAGACGUGCAGGGUUCCAAGAGGUUGAUUUCGGGUGGGGAAAAGCUGUGUAUGCAGGGGUUGCUAGAGGUGGAGGUGGGGCCAUCCCUGGAGCGACAAGCUUUUACAACGCAUUUACAAAUAAGAAAGGAGAAAAUGGGGUUAUGAUCCCAUUUUGCUUGCCAGCUCCUGCGAUGGACAAAUUUGUCGAGGAGCUUGAUGGCAUGUUAAAGCGCAAGAAUGGGGAAACUAAAUCCCAACUUAUCAUAUCUUCCUUAUAA